AAUGUCAAAGAAUCUAACCCAUAUCUAAGCGGACGUGUCUGUUUUUCUCCGAUGAAUCAUCAACUUACAUUCCGAUAUCAUCCGCAACUGCCACGUGUAAUAACGUCACCUGACCAUUUACCAGUUUAAAAAUCAGCCACUUCCUUCUUUGUCUGAACCCGACCAUAGUCCCCAAAGAAACCACUUCUGGCCCGGACAUUUCAAUUCAUUCCAGGAAUUCUUACAAGCUCCAAAAUCACAGGCUUUUAGACAUGUCGUGGUCUCUUCCUCUCCUCUUCUUUAGCCCUUUAUCUACCCACAAGAAACUAUAAGACAGGGGAAGCAAAAGCAAAAACAAAAACAAAAAAAAAAAAGAAAAAACCCAGAUUUCCUAUCUCUUUUUCUUUUCAAGAUUCAAGAAUCCUGAACUUAAAAAUCUUUAGGGUUUAUCAGAGAAUCAGGGACAUGCCUUUUAACUUGUCUGUUUCAGUUGGUUCUUGAUUCUUGAGUCUUUAAGCCCUUAAACACCAUGUUCGAGUCAGUAUCUUGUUGCCAUAGUCCCAAGGGUUAUGACUUUGUUAAACGAAAGAGCCCGGGCAGUGCACACUGUCAAGCUGUGUCAUGGUUUUCUGGGCAUUCUUUUAAUGUGCCAUAUAUCAAUAACAUGCUCUUCCAUUCUCGACCAAUAUUAGUAAAAGUUAGAACAAAUAAUUGCACUCUUAUUUUAAAGCCCAUAUUCGGUGGCACACCUUUACUAUCUUCCUCACCAUCUAAUUGGAGAGGACUCAAUUUCUCCGAUGAUAGACUGAUCAACCGAGGAAGGUCACGGAUCUAUGCUGCAGUUGAUGUUGCCAGUGCUGUUGAUGUCAUCAAUGAUUUGGGAUUUGAUACUCUGACAUUCUUGGCUGUGACUGUCAUGGUUGUUCCUGCAUUCAAGAUCAUUAGAGCGAGCCCUAUACUUGGCUUCUUCUUUGCGGGGGUUGUACUGAAUCAAUUUGCAUUGAUUAGAAAUCUUACAGAUGUCAAAGUUCUGUCUGAAUGGGGAAUACUUUUUCUGCUGUUUGAAAUGGGUUUAGAGCUUUCACUUGCACGCCUAAAAGCUCUUGCAAAAUUUGCCUUUGGCAUGGGAUUGACUCAGGUUGUCUUAUCCACCCUUGCUUUCACGGCAUUUGAACUUCCACCUAAUGGGGCUAUUGGAACCAGAAUUCUAGAGUUCCUAUUUCACUCUAGGCCUGACUUGGUUAAUAUCAGAAGUAUUGAUGAAGCCGUAGUGAUUGGUGCUGCUCUCUCUCUAUCUUCUUCAGCUUUUGUUCUACAGCUUCUUGCAGAGAAGGGUGAGCUGCCAACAAGAUUUGGCUCAGCAACAUUGGGGAUACUUCUUUUACAGGACAUAGCAGUUGUCCCUCUCUUAGUCAUACUUCCAGUGCUUGAGAGCCAGAAUCUAGUAGAGGAAAGUAUUUGGCCAAUGCUAGCUCAAGAGAGUUUGAAGGCAUUAGGUGGGCUUGGUCUGCUCUCUCUUGGAGGAAAGUACAUUCUUAGGCGAGUUUUUGAGGUUGUUGCUGAAACAAGGAGCUCAGAGGCCUUUGUUGCUCUCUGCUUGCUAACAGUUGCUGGGACUUCGCUUCUCACCCAACAGUUGGGCUUCAGUGACACGCUUGGAGCAUUUCUGGCUGGAGCAUUAUUGGCAGAAACAAAUUUCCGGACACAGAUUGAAGCUGAUAUAAGGCCAUUUAGAGGCUUGCUUCUUGGGUUAUUUUUCAUGACUACUGGAACUUCGAUCGACAUGCAGCUUCUUUACCGAGAGUGGCCAAAUGUGCUUACACUCUUGGCUGGUUUGAUUGUCAUCAAGACGCUGAUCAUUACAGCUAUAGGUCCUCGUGUUGGACUCACCUUGCAGGAAAGUGUAAGAGUAGGAUUUCUUCUAUCCCAAGGAGGCGAGUUUGCAUUUGUAGUUUUUUCUCUAGCUAACAGGCUGGGAGUGUUACCGCUUGAGCUUAAUAAGCUGCUUAUUAUUGUUGUGGUACUGUCGAUGGCUUUAACCCCAUUGCUUAAUGAAGUAGGAAGAAGGGCUGCCGAUUUCAUUGAUGACAAGUUUGAUGCAGAUAAAGUUGCUGAGACGGUGAACUUUGUUGCAAGUGAACCUAUUGUUAUCAUUGGCUUUGGGCAAAUGGGCCAGGUACUUGCUAAUUUUUUGUCAACUCCUUUGGCUUCUGGAGUAGAUGGCGACAGUAUGGGAUUGCAUUAUGUUGCUUUUGAUCUCAAUCCUUCUGUGGUGAAGACAUCUCGAAAACUUGGUUUCCCAAUCCUCUAUGGCGAUGGGUCACGUCCAGCUGUUCUGCAAUCCGCCGGUAUCUCUUCUCCGAAAGCUGUCAUGAUUAUGUACAGAGGAAAGAAGAGGACAAUUGAAGCUGUUCAAAGGCUUCGGCUUGCCUUCCCUGCAGUCCCAAUCUAUGCAAGGGCUCAAGACCUCAAACAUCUCUUAGAUUUAAAGAAAGUUGGUGCGACAGAUGCCAUCUUGGAGAAUACAGAGACAAGUUUACAACUUGGAUCAAAGCUUUUGAAAGGAUUUGGUGUCAUGUCUGAUGACGUGACAUUUCUGAGACAGCUAGUCCGAGAUUCCAUGGAGUUGCAAGCUCAAGAAGAACUCAGCAAAACUGACGAUCGCGAAUUUGACAUUAUGAAGCCACUUCAGGCAAGAGUGGCCCAGGUCCAAGCAUCAAUACCAUCAACCUCAUCUGAAGACAAUUUAUCAAGGGAAAGCCAGAUAGAUGGAGCUCAAGUCUCCAGGCUUCAAGGGGGUGUAGAUCCGACAAACAAAUUGUCAACCUUAUCUGAAGACGAAUUAUCAGGAGCAAACCUGGCAGAUAGAACUCAAGUCUUGCAGCUUCAAGAUGAAGUAGAUGAAAGAAAGCAUGACAGUGUACUUCAUCAGUCUGAAGACGAAUUAUCCAGAAAAAGCCUAGCAGAUAGAACUCAAGUCUCCCAGCUUCAAGGGGAAGUAGAUCAAGGAAAGCACGACAGUGUACUUCAUCUGUCUGAGAAUCCAAAGUCCCAAGGUGUUUUAUAUCGUGAACUAGAUACAGACAAUGGCUUUCCUAUAAAAACAGCAGAUAGUGAGGAAGAGAGAAAUACAUUAACCACUACUGAGGAAUGUUAGAAGCAUCAAAACUCGAAGUAUCUUUCUCAUCUGCAGUUUUUUCUCCAUUAAGGCAUUGCCAAGAUUCUUCCGUUUUCGAAGGUGUCAGAAACUAAUUAACAUUGUUGCUGAGAAACAAGGUGCUUUUGGUGAAAAGGUUUGCUGAGCUUCAUUCCUUCUCAGCCAAAAAUGAUCAAAGCUUCAUUCGAGGCUACCUUCCUCAAUUUUUGUGGUUGCCAAGUGUUUCAUACUAGGUUUCAGGAAACCACACCCUAGGUAUAAUGCAAAGUAGUAAUGAUUCCUUUUAAUCAUUUUUCAUUCUUCAUGCUGAUCCCCAUGUUGCAGGCUUUUUUUGGCUUUUGACAAAAUGAACAGCAACAGAAUGUAGCAAUGAUACAGGAAAACUACUUUGCAAUCCUUCAUGGAAUUUCCCUGAUGUUUGAUUGGGUGUUUUCACUUUGAGGGUGGGGUCUUAAUGUCCAAAAGCAGUGAAUGUAAUUGUUUGCUUUUGCUA